GAAGCAUAUGUAUGGCCAUCUCCAGUGAGAAGCUUGAAAUACCAUUGAGGAUAUCAACCACUCAGCUGUAAAACAACCACAACAAUAAAUGUUUAAGAAACCAAACAGAGGUUCGUAAAGGGCUAACAGAUUGGAGUAGGGAGAAACCAGCGUUUUGAAGUGUCUUUCUGAUGCUUUGCCAGGCAUUUGCUUCUUCUAGAACAGGUUGCUUCACGAUUUGUGAAUCCAAACAUUAGGUCCCUCAUGUUAGCCGUGCUCAGGAAACAUCUAUUCACCAAUGGUAGCCCUGACUGCGUCUGAGAGCCAACCCCUUUCCGCACAUCAGAGAACGUGCCUUUGCAUCCAGCAUGCAGAGCAGUGUGACGGUGUUCUGACUACUUAGGUCGUAAUCGUAGGAGAAAAUUCACCCUCCACGUUCAUUUUACAUGGACUCCUGCUGAUGCCAUUCAGCGUCUCUCUUGGUGGAGUGCCAUGCCUACUGACCCGCAGCCGAUGUUCUUCCUGAUCACCCCUGUGCCCUCUGACAUAUAAAAGAAUGCUUUGCAGGGAGAAAGAAAUACAGAGAAGACACUGGAAAAAUGUACCCUGUCCCUCUAGACAUCAAUUUUCAAAGUAAAUAAAAACUUGACGGCUGACUACUAUCAUGGGAGUAAGAGUCGUUUGCUGUCAUCUAACGGAAUUGUGUUCACUUGGGGCCGUGUACUUUAACCACGGGAGAAGGACGUGGCAGUCUGCUUCUGUAAAGAUUACAGCCUUGGAAACCCUCUGGGGCAGUUCUACUCCGUCCUAUAGGGUCACAAUAAGUCUGAGUCAACUCCAGGGCAAUGGGUUUUUGUUACGCACUUUAACAGGAUGCUUUUGUGCUUUUCCCAGAGCCAGAUAACAGUGAAUGGAAACUCUGGUGGUGCUGUGAGUCCAAUGAGUUACUACCAAAGGCCGUUUUCCCCUUCAGCUUACUCUCUGCCAGGCUCGUUCAGCUCAAGCAUUACCAUGCAGCAUGGGCGAUCCCUUGAUUCCACCGAGACGUAUCCCCAGCAUACGCAGUCCCUGGACGGCACCACGAGCAGCUCCAUCCCGCUGUACAGAUCCUCCGAGGAGGAGAAGAGAGUGACGGUCAUCAAAGCCCCCCACUACCCAGGGAUCGGGCCUGUGGAUGAAUCCGGAAUCCCCACAGCAAUUAGGACGACGGUUGACAGACCCAAGGACUGGUACAAGACAAUGUUCAAGCAAAUCCACAUGGUGCACAAGGCUGGCCUGUACAACCCACCGUACAGCACUCAGUCACACCCUGCGGCAAAGACCCAGACCUACAGGCCUCUCUCCAAGAGCCACUCGGACAAUGGCACCAACACCUUCAAGGACGCGUCCUCCCCCUUGCCUCCCCCUGUUCCACCUCCAGUCCCACCACUUCGACCAAGAGAUCGGUCUUCAACAGAAAAGCACGACUGGGACCCUCCAGACAGAAAGGUGGACACAAGGAAGUUUCGUUCUGAGCCAAGGAGUAUUUUUGAAUACGAACCGGGGAAGUCAUCAAUUCUCCAACAUGAAAGACCGCCCCCUCUCCCAACAACUCUGACACCUGUCCAAAGAGAGCCCGGCCGGAAGCCUAUUUCAGUUCCACCAGACCAAGAAGUAACUGGUAGCCCCUCCCCUCCGCCCAGGAGAGUGGCCCCCACACCGAGCUGGCGCACCCCGGCUCUGUCUCCCAUCCGGGCCUCUUUGUAUCAGUCCUCUAUAGACAGAAGCCUGGAGAGACCCUCCAGUUCUGCCAGUAUGGCCAGCGACUUUAGGAAAAGGAGGAAGAGCGAGCCUGCAGUGGGUCAGCCGAGGGGCCUGGGGGAUCACGGCGCAAGCAGGAUCAGCCCUGGUCGAGCGGACCACCCGGGCUCAAGCUCCCCGUUUACAAAGUCCUUCCUUGGUUCCUCCCCUUCCUCCCCAUCGAGAGCAAAAGGUGGGGAUGAUAGCAAAAUCUGUCCGUCCCUUUGCAGUUAUUCGGGGCUCAACGGCAACCCCUCAAGUGAGUUAGAUUACAGUAGCGUGUAUAGACAGCAUCUGGACGUCCCGCAGGACUCGCCAAGGGCUAUUUCUUUCAAGAAUGGUUGGCAAAUGGCCCGGCAAAACGCAGAGGUCUGGAGCAGCACUGAAGAAACGGUUUCCCCCAAAAUCAAAUCCCGGAGCUGCGAUGAUCUCCUAAACGAUGACUGCGAUAGCUUCCCUGACCCACAAACCAAGUCGGAAAGCAUGGGCUCUCUGCUGUGUGAAGAGGAGUCCAAGGAGAGCUGCCCCCUACCAUGGGCUUCCCCCUACGUGCAAGAGAGUCGCAGUAAUGGCAGGUCAAGGAUUAGACACAGGCCAGCCCACGAUGCCCCCGGGUUCCUGAAAAUGUACAAGAAAAUGCACCGAAUCAACCGCAAAGACUUGAUGAAUUCCGAGGUGAUCUGUUCAGUAAAGUCGAGAAUAAUACAGUAUGAGAAGGAGCAGCAACACAAGGGUCUCUUCCAUGGAUGGAGCCAGUCCUCCACGGAGGAGGUGCCCAGGGACAUGGUGCCUACCCGCAUUUCUGAAUUUGAGAAGCUGAUUCAGAAGUCAAAAUCGAUGCCCAAUUUGGGGGGUGAAAUGCUAUCUCCUGUGACCCUAGAACCACCACAAAAUGGCCUAUGUCCCAAAAGGCGAUUUUCCAUUGAGUCUUUGCUGGAGGAAGAAAAUCAAAGUAAAUACCCUUCUCAGGUACAACAAAGCUACAAGCCUAAAACACUGGUACCAAUUCAUAUUGAAGUCACCAGCGAUGAGCAGCCGAGAACUCACAUGGAGUUUUCAGAUAGUGACCAAGAUGGAGUUGUUUCUGACCACAGUGACUUCAUCCAUGUAGAGGGGUCAUCCUUCUGCAGCGAGAGUGACUUUGAUCACUUUUCUUUCACAUCCUCUGAAAGCUUUUAUGGAUCCAGCCACCACCACCAUCACCACCACCACCACCGUCACCGGCAUCUCGUCAGCUCCUGCAAAGGGAGGUGUCCUGCCUCCUACACUCGGUUCACCACAAUGUUAAAACACGAACGAGCAAAGCAGGAGAACACCGACGAGCCCAGAAGACGAGAAACGGACCCUGGCCUUUCUAAGCUUGCCUUUCUGGUCAGUCCUGUGCCUUUCCGGAGGAAAAAAAAUCCGACUCCCAAAAAGCAGACUGAAAAGACAAAAUGUAAAGCGUCUGUUAUUGAGGCUCUGGACUCUGCCCUUAAAGACAUCUGUGACCAAAUUAAAGCCGAGAAGAGAAGGGGAAGCUUGCCAGACAACAGUAUAUUGCACCGUCUUAUCAGUGAACUGCUGCCAGACGUUCCUGAAAGGAAUUCAUCCCUUAAAGCUCUGAAAAGGAGCCCCAUGCACCAGCCUUUACACCCACUGCCUCCAGAUGGUGCUAUCCACUGUCCAUUGUACCAGAACGACUGUGGAAGAAUGCCUUACAGCGCCUCUUUCCAAGACGUGGACACGGCCAACAACAACUACCAGCACCCCGACCACGACGGUGCACUGAGUCUCCAAGACCGCGAGUCCCCUGGAGGUUACUCAUCCCCGUUGACUGACUUGGGGAGAAGCACAUCAAGGGAGAGAAGAGGAACUCCGGAGAAAGAGAAACUGCCUGCAAAAGCUGUUUACGAUUUUAAGGCUCAGACGUCUAAGGAAUUGUCAUUUAAGAAAGGAGAUACUGUCUACAUCCUCAGGAAAAUUGACCAGAAUUGGUACGAGGGAGAGCACCACGGGAGAGUUGGCAUUUUUCCUAUCUCGUACGUAGAGAAACUCAUGCCUCCUGAGAAAGCACAGCCUGCAAGACCACCUCCGCCAGCCCAGCCUGGAGAAAUUGGAGAAGCUAUAGCCAAAUAUAAUUUCAAUGCAGACACAAAUGUGGAGCUAUCUCUGAGAAAGGGAGAUAGAGUUAUUCUUCUUAAAAGAGUUGAUCAGAACUGGUAUGAAGGUAGAGUUCCAGGAAGUGACAGACAAGGCAUCUUUCCCGUUUCCUACGUGGAGGUCGUCAGGAAGAACGUGACAAAAGGUGCUGAGGACUAUCCUGACCCUCCACUACCCCACAGCUACUCUAGUGAGAGAAUCCACAGCCUAAGUUCCAACAAGCCACAGCGUCCUGUGUUUACUCAUGAAAACAUUCAAGGUGGGGGGGAACCGUUUCAGGCUCUGUAUAACUACACACCCAGGAACGAAGAUGAGCUGGAGCUCAGAGAGAGUGAUGUCAUUGACGUGAUGGAAAAGUGUGACGACGGAUGGUUUGUGGGAACCUCAAGAAGAACCAAAUUCUUUGGUACUUUUCCCGGAAACUAUGUCAAGAGGCUGUGACUCACUCCCCCUCCUUAUUUAUGCCGCAUUCAGCAACACACCUGCACAAACUUGCCUGGAACACCCGCAGGCCUCCUGCUGCCAUGCCUUCUGGUUUCCAGUAGGACUCGUCCACCCUCACCAUCUCCACCUGCCACCAAACCACCAGCAGAGUAACUGCGGCUGCCCAGCCUUGGGCAGACAUGGCAGGAUUGCUUCCGCGUCAAAGCACAUAUUUCUGCUUUCUGCUCGAAACUUUCAAAAGUUGGUAUGUGGGAUUACACAGAAAAACAUUAUACUUGAAAAGGGUAAUAUAUUUAAGACAAAAAAAAAAAAGAAAUAGUGUCUCAAGGGAGCCCUUCUGAGCUUGGUAAUUUGGGAAGACGCCCUCUCCUCAGGCAACCAGAAGACUGUCGGUCGUUAAAUGCUGUGGUUUGCAUCUCCACACUCUUGGCUUGGAGUCUAUUCUCUUUUCACCAGUUUGCCUAGUGUCCUGGUUUACGCGCUAUGACAACCCUACUUCAGCUAUUGUUUGCCUGCACUUAUACGUUGUAACAUGCGCAGCGAUUAUAAAAUCUAAAGAAAAGUAGGAACCUUAAUUUGGAUGAAUGUGAUUUUUGUUGAUUGAAUGUGCGUUUUCAAAUAGGAGUCUUUUCCUUCAAUUUUUUUUCUACUUUUUAGAAGUGCAAACAGUAAGUGAAUAAUCAUGAGAAUACAAGAGGUUUAGCUAGAUUGCGAAAAAGAAAAAAAAGAAACUAUCGUGUUGUAAAGUUGCAUUGCUACUUUAUAUUAAUAUGUAAUCAUCAGCAUCCUGACCAAUGAGCUCUUAGUAUUUUAUUUAUCGGACAAAAUUUAAAGGAAAGCAGUGUUAGUGAGAGGUGCAAAGAAUUAUUCUAACAUAGACACUUGAAAGUAACUGUAAGCAAUACUCAUAGGUUAGAGAGUUCACUGUGUGUUCGCGCACAUUUGAGAUUGUAUGAGAUCACGCAACUCGUGAUGUGUUGUAUGUUGUAUGGAAAUGUAAAAGAUUCUCACAUUAUUUUAUAGAAAUAGAGUACUUUGGCAGCAUCACAAGUAUUAAGGCUGGUUUUAGCAAGGAUUGUGAUCAAUACAACUAUUUUUACUAUGAUAAUUAUUUUUCUUUGGAACGCAGAAUCCUGGCUACAUUUGAGGACAGGAAUAUGUUGAGCCUGAUUUUCUUGGUAUGUCGUGUAAAAUAUUUCCUGGGAAUAAAUUAGGCACUUUUUGGAGGCGAUGUUAAAUCACUCAGGUUACAUUUUAUGCCCUGAAGCAGAAAUUUACAAACCGAUAUUGGAACCUGAAAGAUUUAAUAUGGUUAACAGUGCCUGAACUACACGUACCCUGAGAACUAGCUUUGUAUUUCUAUAACUUUGCAUAAGAACUCUUCAAUUUUCGAUCUUGAGCACCUUAUAGAUAAAACUUUUCAUGGCAUUUCUUCUGUGGGCAGUGAUCGACCCUUUCACCGUGUAUGUAGACUCUAGAAUUUUGUACAUAUGUUUGCUCUUUUUUUGUACAGACUAUUUAGUUGUUGAGAAGACAGGGGAUUUCCUAAUUUGGUCUUUAUUCUUCACUUAACUAAGCUAAAACACUUUCAGCAGAUUUUCCUUGACGUAUCCCACAGAUUACAAGCACGCCUUGAUAGUGAGGUUCACUAGCAUUGAUGAAAAGUUCAUGAAUUUAAAAGGUCUUAGCAGCCAAACAGAAAUGUAUAUAGAUAUUGAUUACAGAGGAAUUUCAUUAGACAGAAAUUUAAGAAACACCUUGAGUAGCCUAGCUUGAUUACUGUCAAGUUCAUGACCAGCUUUGUAUUUCCAAGGCUUUGGGUUUGAAAUUAGAUCAACUGCAUGCCGCUUUGCUGGAAAUGAGUAACUAUCUUGGAUGCCAUUUGUGAGAAAAGACUUCAAUAUCUGUUGCCUGUCAUACUUCAGAAAAAUUAUUGUUUCAACUCUCUGUAUCUGAUUUUGAAAGGAAAAAUAUUCAUACCUGACUCUCGGUAAUCAACUUUGGAUUCUUACAAGCAAAGGCCAUUGUGUUUUUUUCUUGAACAGACAUCUAAUAAAUUGGCUUGGAAGUGUACUACUUCAGUUUUUCUUUUUCAUAUUUAUCCUUAAGUGAAUUGUGUCUUUUAUCUCAACCUGUUGGAUAAACUAAGAGAAAAUGCAUUUCCCUCUGUUCUCUUAACACACAAACGAAGAAAAGACUUGUUUGCAUCAGUUUAGAGAAGAGAUAUUUUAAACCCAUCACCAAAGCUCAUUA